AUGAAGAUGGAGAUGAAGGAUGGAACUGAAACUGUGGUCAUUAAUAAUGGUAACUUUGUGGAGGAAGAAGAAGAACUUUCAAGCUGUAAAUUCUCGCAUCUUCUUGCUUCCAAGGAUCGUGAUUUUCUCCUAUCUUCAACUGGAGCUCAGGUAAAAGUUUCAGAACUUGAAGGAAAAGUAGUGGGACUAUUAUUCGCUGCCAACUGGUACCCACCAUGUCGUGGAUUCACCCAAUUACUCAUUGGAAUAUACCAACAACUUAGAACAAACAUCCCUCAGUUUGAAAUAGUUUAUGUAUCUUCUGACGAAGACUUAGAUGCUUUUAAUGGAUUCUACCAAACCAUGCCAUGGCUUGCAGUUCCUUUCUCUGAUUUAGAAACAAAGAAAGCAUUGAACAGAAAGUACGACGUCGAAGGUAUUCCGUGUUUGGUUAUGUUGCAACCUGAUGAUAGUAACGGUGAAGCAACACUUCGUGAUGGCGUUGAGCUUAUUUAUCGAUACGGUGUUCAAGCUUUUCCGUUUAGUAAAGAGAGGUUGGAGGAAUUGCAUCAGGCUGAGAGGGAGAAGCUCGAGAAUCAAACUCUAGCUAAUUUGUUAGGAAAUAAUCAUAGAGAUUAUCUUUUGAGUCACACAAGUGGAUUACUCACACAGGUACCGGUUACUUCUUUAGUAGGCAAAACUAUUGGACUAUACUUUUCAGCAGGAUGGUGUGUCCCAUGCACCAAAUUCACUCCCAAAUUGAUAUCUGUUUAUCAGAAAAUCAAGCAAGAGCUAGCUGAAAAAGAUGAUAAAGAAGAAGGUUUUGAAAUUGUGCUUGUAUCGAACGACCGCGACCAAGAAUCUUUUGACUCUUACUACAACACCAUGCCUUGGUUAGCAUUACCUUUUGGUGACCCAGAGAUAAAGAACCUUGCAAGACAUUUUGAUAUACAAGGGAUACCUUGUUUGGUAAUCAUAGGUCCUAAUGGUAAAACAAUAACAAUACAUGGAAGAAACUUGAUAAACUUGUACCAAGAAAAUGCUUACCCUUUCACUGCUACAAAAGUGGAGCAGCUAGAGAAACAGCUUGAACAAGAGGCUAAAGAUCUUCCAAAUUUGGUGCAUCAUGAAGGGCACCAUCAUGGACUUAAUUUAGUGUCUGAUGGAAAUGGUGGAGGACCCUUUAUUUGUUGUGUUUGUGAUGAACAAGGGUCUAAUUGGGCUUAUCAGUGUCUUCAAUGUGGCUAUGAAGUGCAUCCAAAGUGUGUCACAACUGUGCAUGGACUGUGA